UCUUUGUCCCCGUGUUGACAGACAGACAGACAGGCAGCCUUUCAUCAGGCCUGUGGAUGGCGAGCAGCUGUGAGGAGAAACACACUGAGCAGUCAGACCAGCUAGCGUCACAGAGAGACCACAUGAGAGGAGCUGGCAGCACUCUUUUAGGCCUGGUUUGGGUCAGCAGGAGUGUGUUUAUAUAUGUGUGUGUGCAUGUGUGUAAGUGCGCAUCUUGUCUCGGCUUAUUUUAUGGUUGUUUGGGAAAACAGGAAGUUAUGACUAGCUUUCACAUGGUUUACAUGAGACCUAGCUGCCCCGACAACACAGAACCUGACUGUAGAAUUUUUUUAUUUUUUUUUAUUUUCCAGUCUUCCAUGUGUGAGAAAACAGCCCCUCAUUUGACUGAAGAUAUGUCCAAAACUACUGCAUGUUGCUACAGCCUCCCACCUAGUGGUAGCUGAAAAAAAAAGACAAGAAAACUCAAGUUAAUAUGAAAAUUCUGAUUUUGUUCAUCACAUUUUUAUAAGUAGGUCUGAUACUUUAAGACCCAUUUACCAGCACAUAUGCAAUUUUCAAAUGAUAAUGAUAUAAAAGAAAUAGAUGCCUCUGGAGAAGGAGAGGGGAAACCCACUUUUGAGUAAUGCUGCAGGUUCAUUGUUCACAUUCAAGCUCUUUCAAGGAUUAACUAACUGACUGUCAUGGUCACCCCAAUCAACAAUUAGGAUAACAGCCUCACAUGCAGCCAGGUGAUAACUUAGACCUUCCUGUGGAAAGCACCAAAAAAGCCACAGUGAUGAAAUGCUGAAAUUACAGUCGGCUCACCUGUGGAUCUAGGUUUUCAGUUUCACCUGCAGUGAGGAUUAGUUUUAUCUCCUCAAUGGUAAUUUUUCAUCCAGCAGAUGCAGUUUUUACUUCACAGAUAAUGAUUUUUCAUGUAGAACAUAUAUAAGGAACUCACAAAUAUUGAUGAAUUGCGUAAAAAGGUCAAAUAAAACUACCACAAAGUUCAGAAAGUAAUUUCCUCUUAGCAACACGUGGACCAGCAGACAUGACCUUAAAAUGCAUUUAAGCAUGGGGGGUAAUAAACCAGUGGGCCCCUGGGCACAGAUUUGCUAGAAGCCCCACUGCCUCUCGGACACAGGAACAAGACUCAGACUUUGUGGUGGCAGAACACAGAGUAUGAGGGGCGAAAGAUACAGGACAUCGCAACAAUCUUCUGAGUCAAAAGUUAAGUUCAUUUAAGAAAUCCCAAGCAUAAAGCUGUGUGAGUACACAAGUAGUUCUCUGUUGCCUAGCCCUAUGAAAAACAGCAGUGCUUGUCAUGUGAUUGUUUAUCAUGAAAUCUUCAAAAUUAUAGCAAAUUGAUUAGUUACACUAACCAACUUUCAACAGAGGGGGAUUUGUGUGUAAUUACCACUUCUCCUUGUACUCUAAAUUAUAUAAAAGGCAAAUACGGAUGUCAUUUAAUUCACUCUCUCAUUUCUCCAGCUUCCUCUCUUUCACAUCACUGGACCUUAGUCUUUUGACAACAUUGGCAAAAUAAGGAGCCACUCAAAUUGCAGGGAUGCAAGCUGUCAGGUCUGUGUUUAUCCCCAAGUGGUCUUCAGAUGUACGUCUAGAUGGGAAGACAGCAAUAAUAACGGGAGCCAACGUUGGAAUAGGCAAAGAGACGGCUAAAGACCUGGCCAGCAGAGGUGCACGGGUGAUUUUGGCAUGCAGAGACAUGGCAAAAGGAGAGCAAGCUGCUCGUGACAUCAUGCGGGAGGUGAAGGGAGCCAAGGUAGUCGCCAGGCAAUUGGAUCUGACUGACACCAAAUUGAUCUGCCAGUUUGCUGAGAAUAUCUACAACACUGAGAAGGCUCUUCACUACCUGAUCAACAAUGCAGGUGUGGCUAUGUGCCCCUACGCCACAACAGCGGAUGGAUAUGAGAUGCAGUUUGGAGUCAAUCAUUUGGGUCAUUUCUUCCUGACCUUCCUGUUACUGGACUUGCUGAAACACUCGGCCCCAUCCCGAGUCAUUAACCUGUCCUCGAUAGCUCACACCAUGGGAAAGAUCCAGUUUGAUGACCUGAGCGGUGAGAAGAACUACCACCCUGUCAGGGCCUACGCUCAGAGCAAGCUGGCCAACAUCCUGUUCACCAGAGAGCUGGCCAAAAGGACUGAGGCUAUGGGGGUGAUGGCUUACUCUGUGGACCCUGGUGCGGUGAACACUGAAAUAACAAGGCACAUGAGGCGCCCUCUUGUGGACGUAAUCAGGACGUUCAGUUUCAUGCUCAAGACCCCAGCAGAGGGAGCCUACACCACUGUCUACUGCAUCGUCAGUCCUGAGAACCAGCUGCUCACAGGAGGACACUACAAGUCAGUCCAAAAUGCUGUUACAGUAGCAGUAAUACUUAAAAUCAGCUAGUUUAAAUAAUAAUAAAAAAAAAAUUUAAAAAUGUAAUUAAACAAAGCAACUUAACCCUCUGAGAAGUGAAAGCACACAGUCAGCAUCACAACAAAUGCAUUUAACCCUUUGAACCCUGGGCAAAUUUGCAAAAGUACAAGUGACCCGGAAAUUUAAAAAAAAAA